AUGGCAGGUAAAAUUCCCCACGCGCUAUUAGGAGUAUUUCUUUUGCUCCUUGUGCUGCAACCUUUUGUUGUUAAAUCCGGAACCGUGAAACUCGAAUCUCCGCCGGACUGGUGGGGAAGCAGGGGUGGCCCAGACGACGUCGGUCGACCAAAUUCCGAUUUGGAAGCUGCUAACCAAACCCUUUCCAGAAAGAGAUGGUAUCGCUUUCCGGUGACCUACGGUUUCUACUCCGGCAUCGAAAUGCCGUCGGGUGUGGAACCUCAAGACGUGGCUCGCGCCUUCGAUGACGCGUUUGCAAAAUGGAAAGCUGCCGUCCCUAAACUAAACUUCAAACGAGAACAGCCAGGCGACAAUUCUGAUAUCAAAAUCGGGUUCACUGCAAUAAAGUCCCCGAAAUUUGGUGUUGGUUAUUAUCCACCUAAGGGCAUGCUUUUGCUUGAUAAUAGCCACACCCAUUGGAGCACUGCUUCUAAUCCUGCAAGGGGCGAAAUUGACCUGCAAUCUACAGCCUUGCAUGAAAUUGGCCACACUAUCGGCCUUAAGCACUCCAACGAUCCGGCUUCGGUCAUGUAUCCUACACUCUCUUUUGGAACUAUCAAAAGGGAGCUUACCCAACUGGACAUUAAUAACUUACGAGCCUUAUAUUCUCCUUCCACACCAUGA